CAUCGAAAUAGUGGGCGAGACGAGUCUGUUAUCGAGUGAGGUUAGAAUGGCUGCGGAAGAAAGUAGGAAGAGAUUAGUUAAAUCUAAAAGUGGUCUUCGAAUAGUGAAUUUGGACGGAUCAAACGCCAGCGCUUUUGAAUUAACAGAACCUCAAUGGACACCCGACAAAGAGAGUCCAGAUUGUGCCAAAUGUCAUAUCAGAUUUGAUCUUUUGACUCGAAGGCAUCACUGUCGUCGAUGCGGUCAAAUCUACUGCAGUCACUGCUGCGAACAGAAAGUACCUCUUCCUCGAAUGUGUUUUGUUGAUCCUGUUCGUGUCUGUGAUGAAUGUUCUGAAAUUACAACAAAAGAAAAUGAGUUCUAUGAGAAGCAUUUAAAAGUUCUUGUUAGUGGGGCAAAUUUCCUUCUAAAUAAAACAGAUGAUAUGGGAAAUGUCACUACAGUUCCCUUUUUUUGUCGUUUAUCAUCUGAUCACAGGGUGAUAUUAUUUGAUGGAGGAAGUGCUUGGGAGCAAGAUCCAAUUUCUUUAUCAUCAAUUCGAUCUUCCAAACCUAUGGGAGUGACAAAUAGCUUUGGUGCCACAGAUAUUUCUGGAAUAGUUAUUUCAUAUAAUACCGAGGAUGAAGAGAAAUCAUUAACGCUUUCAGUUGCUCCUGUUCCCAACCAUAAGCAAUCGAUUGCAUGGAUUUCUGCUUUGCAGAAGGCUUUAAAAUUAAUUGUUGACAUCAAGGAAUCAUAAGUCUUCCAAAAUAAAAAUCGAAUAUCAUUACCAUUUAUGGUAAACUCUCCUCCUAAUCAUCUGCCAUAAUAUCAAUUACUGAACAAGUAAUAAUGCUGUAUUAUAUUUAUUUGUAAAUACAUUAUAUACACAUAACACAAGUUAAAUAUAUGUCAUAUGGGACAAUCGUAUCGAGACAGUCAAUCAAAAAAUAUGAAAUUUGUUAUUGUAUUGGAAAUGAUAUAUAUUUUUGUGAAUGGGACAUU